AUGGAGGUUUUCUCAAAACUCCUUCUCUCAAGAUUCAACUCGGGCUACAUAUUUUAUCAUCCUAAAACAUCAGGUCUGAAUAUUACUCACUUGAUGUUUGCGGAUGAUGUCAUGAUAUUUUUUGAUGGGGGAAGUUCUUCGCUUCACGGUAUUACAGAGACUCUGGAGGAUUUCGCGGGCUGGUCGGGUCUUACCAUGAACCGUGAAAAGACAGAAUUAUUUCUCGCUGGGGUCAACGAUAUAGAAUCGCUUGCGAUUGCUAACUAUGGUUUUCCAAGAGCAACCCUCCCAAUUAGAUACUUGGGACUCCCCCUUAUGUGCAGAAAGCUAAAAACAACUGAAUACGCCCCACUUAUUGAGAAAAUCAGGGGACGUUUCUUAAGCUGGGCUGUAAAGUCUCUUUCUUUCGCUGGAAGACUGCAGUUGAUUGCAUCAGUUAUCUCUGGAACAGUUGUGUUCUGGAUAUCCACUUUCAAGCUCCCAAAAGGCUGUGUCCGGGAGAUAGAGUCGCUGUGCUCAAGAUUUCUUUGGUCUGGGGGUAUUGAAAACCAUCACAAAGCAAAAGUGGCAUGGUCCAAGGUUUGUCUUCCAAAAGCAGAGGGUGGUUUGGGACUCCGUCGGUUUUCAGAGUGGAACACCACUCUCAGCCUCAAAUUCAUAUGGUUGUUAUUCUCUAAUAGUGGCUCAUUGUGGGUGGCUUGGCAUAAACAUCACCACCUUCAACGCUCAAGUUUUUGGCUCAUUCAGGAAAGUGUUAAUGAUUCUUGGAAUUGGAGGAGUUUGUUAAGGUUGACGCCACUAGCAGAGAGGUUCCUUCGGUGCAAUGUGGGAAACGGUUCAGGUGCAAGUUUCUGGGGGGACCCCUGGACCCCGUUUGGACCACUCAUCAAGUUUCUGGGAUGUGAUGGCCCAAGGUCUCUAAGAAUCCCAAUCUCAGCCUCGGUGGCUAAUGCCACGCUUGGAGUUUCAUGGGGAAUGCAGGUUUCUCCUCUUUGUGUCCUAUGCUCCAGAGAGGUUGAAACCCGUUACCACCUCUUCUUAUCUUUUCCUUUUAGUCGUGCUAUAUGGGACAAGGUGUUUCUGAGGCUCAAGCUUCUCCCUCGCCUGUUUCAGUCCUGGAAUGACCUUAUCCAUUGGAUGUCGACCACAAUUACAACCUCACCAUCAGUUCUGAGGAAACUAGUGGGACAGGCUACUGUCUACGCGAUCUGGAAACAGAGGAACAACAUGCUUCACAACUCUCAGGUGAUUCCCUCGCAAGAAGUCUUCAAGCAGAUUGAACGAGAGAUUAUCAACUCUAUCACUGCCAGAAAGCAGAGCAAAAAAUUCAGAACCCUCAUGUCCCUUUGGAUUAUGUAA